UCCAUGCCCAGCUCCAGGCGUGAGCAGAACUCAGUGCGGCAUAGUGAACUGCGAUCACGUUGCCCUCAUCCUUGUCCGUCCCUACUGGCUCUCCGUUCCUUUCAAGAUCCAGCUCAAAAUUGCCCUCCGCCCACCCAAGCUCUGCAAGGAAUCUUACUCCAGUGGCCUCUUUCUGUUGAUGAUUCUGAAGAUGUAGAAAGCGGGAGUGGCAGCGACCCUGACUUAAACUGUGGCUCCAAUACGGUUUCCUGUAACAUCUCUCACUGCAUUUGUGAAGACGGGUUCAGGUUCAUCUCUGGAAAAGAGCCUUUCCUUGCUACCAGUGAGUCCGGCUGUGAGGGUAAGUGUCGCACUAGCACUGUUUUCAUGAGAGAAAAUGACUACGUGAAGAUGUGUUUGACUGGAUCACAGCGGAUUAACUGGGAUAACAGGAAAAAAAGCUCGUUCUGUUCGCUGGUCAAUUCCACCCUCAGCCUCCUGAUACCUGCCUGUGAGAAUGUCAGCUUGACCACUUCCCUAGAGGGGACAGCGGCGUCCUUCGAACACGUCCUUGCGGACAGCUCCCUCUGGAGCAUCGAAAGCAUGGAAGAAGUCACUUCUGCUGCAACGCUGCUUCUGCAGAGUGUGGGGUCGGCCGCAGUGACAGCUGCCCUCACCUCUCCGGAGAACCAAACCCAGACUGCGACCACCAAGCUCAUGGCGAUUCAGACGAAGCUCACUGAUGAGAACUGUAGUCUGCAGAGUGAGGUACUUGGGUUCAGUGCUCAUGAAGACAGAAUGGAUAUUCACUGCACUGCUGUCACUGACGCUGACAUGGAAGGAUCUGCUGCUGUUGCUUUUAUCUCCUACAUGGGGCUGGAGUCCCUACUGGGAGGGAGAUUUUUUCAGAAUGAAAAUCCAGGGAGCAAGGCAAGACCAGAACAGGUUCGCAUGAACUCCAGAGUGGUGAGUGUCUCCACCAGCACCUGGAAGAAGAAGAUUUCCAGUCCCAUCAACCUCACCUUCCAGCACCUUGAGGACAAGACUCUGCUGGAUCGGGCCAUCUGUGUCCACUGGAACUCUGCAGGCCAGGAUGGUGUCUGGUCCCCCCAGGGCUGCCAGCACCUUCAUCACACUCAGUGCAGCUGUCGCUACCUGGCCAGCUUUGCGGUGCUGAUGGCGCCUGGUGUCAUUCAGGUAUCUGGGGCAUUGGGCUUAAAAUCAGGUGUCUCUGGAAGUGUCAGUGCAUGGGAUGCUGGGCUCCCCACUGGGCAUAAUGAUGUCCCCUUGGCCCAAGCACUUAUGUGUUCCAUCACCGCCGGCUUGCUGCAUUACCUCUUCCUGGCUUGCUUUGCCUGGAUGUUGCUAGAAGCUGUGAGUCUGUACCUCAUCGUCAGGAAUCUGAAGGUGAAAAAUUACGCAGGCACUGGCAGAUGCACAAGGGAAUGCAUGUACCCCUUUGGCAACGGACUCCCAGCAGUGAUUGUGAUCACGUCUGCAGCCAGCGCGCCCAGCGGCGAUGGAACUCCUUAUCACUGCUGGCUCAAUCCUGAUAAUGGUGUUAGAUGGAAUUUCCUUGGGCCUGUCUGUGCCGUGGCUGUGAUAAAUUUUGCAUUUUUCUGCCUUACUCCGAAGCUUUUGCGAGAGCAUCUUUCCUCCCUCAAUGCAGAGCUGUCUACUCUGAGGAACACCAGGUCACUGACUUUUAAAGCUCUGGCUCAUCUCUUAGUCCUGGGCCUCACGUGGGGGCUGGGCACCUUCCAGUUCAGCCCGCUGGCCACAGUGAUGGGGUACCUGUUCACCAUCACCAACAGCAUGCUGGGAACCUUCAUCUUUGUGGUGCACUGCCUGCUCAAUAGAAAGGUGAGAGAGGAGUAUUGGAAAUUAUUUACGAGGCUUCGCUUCUCGAAGGAAGACCUUUCGUCUUCCAAUAUUACUAUGUCUGCUCUCCCCUCCAGCACAGACCCAGAUCUUCAGCAAAACGCUGUCCCAUCCCACCAGCAGAAAAUGACGUGGGAUUGAUCUCUGUUGCCUGGCCUCUCUUUAUUGGUUUUCAGCGUUGUUCUCCUCCCCUAGUCCCAGACACAGAGAAAAGGGGUUGGCAGAGUCUCAUUAAACACUUCCGUUGUGUCACUAAAGAAUGUCUCCAUUCUCAAGCCCACAAGCAACAAAGCCUUCAACUGGUGGAUUCUGAGAUACUUCAGGAGACCAGGGCUACGAAAUCCUGAUCUCCAAGCCCUUCCCCCUGUGUAAAAGCAGUUUAGUUCAGGUUUGGCUUAAGGAAGGCUCAGGUUGGAUCUUAAAAAUUUAAUCCCACCAAUUCACCCAGUGGCCCAGUCUGUGCCUUGUUUGAACCUUAUCCUGAAACCAGGGGUGAAAAUAACUUAAGGGACUUACCGGAACGCAGGGCCAGGGUCCUGAGCAAGGUGUAUGUGGGGGGCACCUCGGACGGAAGGGGCGCGGCCUCGGGCAGAAGGGGCAGGGCCUUUAAAUCCCUGGGCCCUUUAAAUCACCGCCGGAGCACUGGGGCUCCCAUCUGCCGCCGCGACUACCACGGGGCUCCAGUGGUGAUUUAAAGGGCCUGGGGUUCCCGGCCGCUGCUACCGCAGCCAGAGCCCUGGGCCCUUUAAAUCGCUACCAGAGCCCCGGGACUCCCGGCUGCCACCGCUACCCCAGGGCUCCGGUAACAGGGCUCUGGCAGAAAUUUAAAGGGCCAGGGGCUCCAGCUGCUGCUGAGAGCCCAGGGCCCUUUUCAAUUGUCGACCUGGGGAAGUUGCCUCCUGCCGGUACGGUUGGCUGUGCAUCGACUCUCACUGGUACGCCAUAUCUGACCGUAAUGGCUUACUUUCACCUCUGCCUGAAACUGAUUCUAAACUAGGAUCUAGAGUCUGGCCUCAAGGCCCAAAAUCUGGAUCCAGAUCUGGCUUUUUCAACAUGUUGGCAUUUGGAAGGGUGUGAGAGGUCCAGGGGUUCAUCUUAGCCCAUCUUUUGUUCUUUGCUUUAUGUAAUCCUGUAUCAUUCUCAUUGCAAUACAGAUUCCUUUGUACUAGUCAUGCAUGAAUCUAGGACCCAGAUACUAUGGUGGUUGGUGAUAGAUACAUAAGGUGGGAUACUGGCUCCAUUGACGUCAAUGGCAAAACCCCCAUUGGCUUGAGUGGGGCAGGAGUUCACCCACAGAUUGUAUUGUCAGUGGGUUUCUUUUUGUAUUAUAGCUGGAGACGGAGCCAUGGAUAAGGCUAAGGUUGCCCAAGAGUAUCCAUUCCCAGCCCCUGUUUUCAAGUGUUCAUUCAUAACUUUAAACGUUUCCUUUUCUGAAACUUUUACUUUUGGGGCUGAAAUUUUCCAGGCCUGGUAAAUGAUUCUGGAAAGUUUGAGCAAAAAAUAUGGUAUAAUACACUAUUUCUACUAUUUGAGAAACAGUUUGUGACCAUGUGAUUAAAGAUUGUCUUAUACAGGUAAUGUUUAUACAGAAGGUGUCAGAAUUAAGGUUCCGUGUCCAACUUUGCCAUUCCCUGACUUUGGAGUGCUUAUCUGAGCAGCCUUAAUGUUCUCUUGGUGUAGUUUUUCUAUAUGGAAUAUAGGCCAUUAUGGGUCUGAUUAUGAUAAUGAAUAGCAGCUUACUUCAUAGGCCACGGAGCCUGGGAGGGCCAACCGGGCCAUGGCCUGACCACCUUUUGGCAAGGCCAAACCUGAGCGGUGAUGUGACCCUGCAGGCCAAGUUGCAACUCUACUCAAAUUUGGAAGGGGGUAGAUGUAGGAGCUCCCCGGGUGGAGGGCAUCAGGCUGCUGGUGGGAGUGGCACCCAAGAAGGGAAGAGAAGAGUCAGGGACUAAGGGGCGGGGAACCAAUUCCUCUACACACUUUAAAUAACAAUCUGCAGGCCCUGCCUUGCUUCAGCAGUCAUCUUGCUAAGGAAGAGUGGUCCAGUGGUUAGGGCCCUGAUGUAUGACUUGGGGGAGCUGGGUUCAGGGCCUGUCUCUACACCAAUUUUCUGUGUCACUUAGGGCCAGAUUUUUAAAGGGAAUUAAGCCCCUAACUUAAUUCCUAAGUCACUUUUGAAAAUGAGUUAGGUGUUGCAAUCCUGAAAGGAACAAUGCCUGAAUAUCUUUAACAAUCUGGGCUUUAGCCCUUCUGUGCCUCAGUUCCCCGUGUGCAAAAUGUGGGUAAUAGCACCUAAGAUAUGGCCAGUUUCUCAGGUGAUGAAAGGUGGCAUCACUCCCUUGACUUCCAUGGAGCGCUGGUGAUUGACAACUGCUGAGGAUCCAGCCCAUGGACUUCAGUGCAUCUGCUUGGAAAGUAAGGUGCUAUUCAGUGUGAGGGUAUCAGCCUCUGGCUGUAUAAACAGUUUGAACUUUGGGCUGUUCUAUUGCUUACUUUGCAUAUAAACCAAUGUGUCUUUAACAAA